CGAAGUCAAUAGAAGUUCGAGAGCGAUCAAAUGGAGAGGGUUGCGAGGUACGCGGCGGAGCGCGGACUCGAUGUGCCUGGCACGGAGGAGGGGUCGAUCGCGAGGCGCGUGUCCUGGGCGGAGCGGCAUUCCGUGGAGGGAGCGUUAGGAGGGGUCGGGGGAGAUGGUGGAGGUGGAGACAUGGAGGAGGGCACGAUCGACGUCGAUCGCGAGGCGCGUGUCCUGGGUGAGCAGGGAGUCCCGGGACACGAGGACGUGCCUGAGGCGGUGGAGACCCACCGUGAGGAGCUGGCGAAGGAGUUGGAGGAGGUGAGGCAGCCAUUCUGGAUCAUUUGUGCCACCCUCUUCUCCGACGGGACGAAAUCACGAGACGGGAGACCGAUCGUGAAUUUCCUUGCCGCUGGCUCGCGAGGGGUCGUCGUGUACACGACGAUCAAUCGCGAGGGCGAGCCGGACGAUGCAGUGCACGUCCUUCGGAGAUGGGUGAUCAUCUUCUACGAGUUGAGUUUCGGCGGCCCGCGGCGGGUCAAUGCGAUAUGCAAAGACUCCGCAUCGGCGUACGUGGGGGCUGCGAGGGCAUUGGCCACAACGGGCAUCCCUCCUGCACUCAGGAGGAUCACUUGGCUUCCAUGUUCCGUCCAUGUUUGCAACAAAUUGUUGUCAAUCAUGGGGACGAGUUGCGAUGCGUUUGUGGACGCGAUUACAUGCGCUCUUGUUCCGGUGGUGUUUUUCAAAACCCACCAGGCCGCCCUUCAUUUCUUUAGGAAGCGCAGCCCCAACAAGGGGCUUGUGCUUUCUUGCGAGACGCGGUUCGCGUCUGUUUAUUCUAUGUUGGAGAGACUGUUGGCCCUGCAGGACGCUCUGCAGGCGAUGAUGCGAGGGGAUGACGGGCGGGAGUUUGCUUCUCUACCGUGGUUUGCCGAUGUGUGCGACAUGGCGCAUUGGGUGCGCUGGCAGAUCAGAUGGGAGCCUUGGUGGCACACGAUGGCCACCAUACUCCACAUCAUGCAGCCCGUCAUGGAGCUGCUUAGGCGGAUGGAUCGUGGGGGGCAGUACAUGUCCCUCAUGAUCGAGUGGACACAGGAUCUUGUUCGCUGUGUCACUGAUGCAUGCGCUCCUUUGGGGAGGGUUUUCGUUGACCGCAUCAUCAGGCGUGUGCAGGCUCGCACACAGCACAUGCUGGAACCUUCUCACUGCGCAGGAUUCUUACUGAACCCCCGCAGGCGACAUGUUGAGUAUUUUUCAGGCGAGGUGAGGGAUUACCCUCGUUGGCUUGUGAGGCAAGCCAAGAGGUACAUUUUGAUGCAAACGGGUUUCAAGGAGGAUGGUAUGGAGUACAUCAUUGCAUGUCGGUAGGAGACGAUUGAGUGCGCAUCCUGGUGGUCUCAGUACGGGUCUGGCGCACCUGAGUUGCAGCGCUGCGCUCUUCGUGUGAUGCACAUGUGGUCUUGCGCCUCUCCACCGGAGAGGAACUGGGCAGUCCACGAGGGCAUUCACACGAAAAAGCGCAACCAGUUGGCCUUUGAGAAGGUCAUUCAGCUCGUUGAGAUCACCGCGAAUGUGCGGCCGUCGGAGUAUCGGCGGGCUGGGUGCGGUUAUGUGCUGCCAUGGCAGCGGGACGAGGGCAUGCUAGACUGCCAGGCCAGACUGGAGUUCGAGACGCACGGGCACGCGCAAGAUGAUGACGCCGAAGGAGAUUGCCCGUCAGGUUGGGCUUAUACCCGGGAUCCCAUCGGGGUCUCCGCACCACCCGCCGCUGAGGUCGUAUUCGGUAGACGUGCUUCCAUUUUCCGUCCUUACCCCAGGGAGGAUGAUUCCGACGAGGAGCCGGUACCCGAGGCAGCGGACCACCCAGCGCUCCUCAUUCCCCGUGAGAUCUUUGAGACGCACGAGGAUCCCGAGGAGGAGACCAGGGCAUAUGCUGCACGACGGGCGGCGGACAGGGCGGAGAGGGAGAUGAUGGGGGGAGAGGAGUAUCCUGCACCGCCAUCGCCCGUCGCGCCAUAUGAGUCGGCCACAACAGCAGAGGACACAGAGGAGUUGGCGUCCUCUUUGCCUCAGCGUGGACUACUCCACAGAGGCGGGGUAGUUCGACAGUUGAGGUUACGAUCACCUUCUCCGGGGGUCCUGCAGGAGGAGGGGGGACCAUCGGCAGCAGCAGUGGAGGGGGAGAUGGCAGUGGAGGGGGGAUUGGAGGACACGACGAUUGCAGGUGUGGUGGACCAGAUAGCUGUAGCUGCAGCGACUUCAUUGCUAGAGGAGUUGGCAGCUUCAAUGUUGGCGGAGGAGGCACCAGCGCCAGGGGGAGCAGAUGCAGUGGAGGGCCAGGCGGGAGCAGCUGGAGGAGCAGCUACACUGGAUGGGCUUGUGGUUGCAGCAGUGGGAGCAGCUGGAGGAGCAGAUGCAGAGGAGGGGGGAGUGCCAGGAGCAGUGGAGGAUGAGAUAGGGGCACAGGCGGAGGUGUCGCAUGGGGGCGGCGACGAGCGCCUCAUGCAGCAGUUCCUCACGGAGCAGUACGAUCCGGUCAUGGCGGGUAUGACUCCUGGUGUGGCGAGGGGGUUGGGAAUCUCGGAUUCGCAGAUGGGGAGCCACCUGGACUUAGAUAUGUCGAUGGGCGUUCCACCUAGCUGCGGCGGGGCGACAUCGAUGGAUCGCGCUCCAUCGAGGGAUAACGCGGCUGGAGAGAGUCACACGCAGCCCCAGAGAGAGACGACGACGGGGUCUCUGGAUGCGGCACGCGACAUCAUGGAGCGAGAGAGGGCUCGACUUAUGGCAUCGACUAACCCGCGUGCUCAGGCGUUUGCACGGGCGUUGGAGGAUGCGAGGCGUCGAGAGACAGGGAGGGAUUGUGUGGAGGGUGGGGUCACUGGGGUGGUUUCGGGGGAGGAUGUUGUGGAGGGGGUGGCAGCCGAGGCAGGGGGAGGGUGUGCAAGGUGGGGUGGUGGCGGGGGAGGACGUUGUGGAGAGAGUGGUAGCACAGGCGGACCGACGGGUCCAGUCGUUCCGUUCUCAGGCCUGCACUUGGCUCAGGGCCGACAGUCGCAGCCGGUGCCGGUGGCAGUGCAUGGUGUGCCGCCGCCCGUUAUCACGGAUUUGGGGUCCGAGCCGGUGGUUGCGCCACCGCGUCUUCCUAGUCACUUUGCUCCGCAGGAGGUCCGUCGUCCUUUGGAUGCAGACGAGUUGGCGAGAAAGGCUAUCCGCGAUGUGACUCGCUUGGACCGGCGGAUCUUUGACCAGAGGCUACAGCAUCCAGCAUGGCAGGCGAUCCGUCCAGUUCCAUGGGGUCCUGCAUCCCCGGUGUGGUCUGGGUCUACCUCCACCGGAGCACGUACGACGGGAGAUGUUCCAGGGGUUUCAGGUGGCGUCGUGGAGACGGCGCCACGUACAAGAGACAUGCCACCCCCUCCUCCUAGACCACCUGUAGGUGAUCCGUCAUCGUCGCCCACAGGCAGAGGCUCUCGAUGUGGGGGACCGAGGGAGGUGGCAGCAUCAGGUUGUGAGCCUCAGCGAGGUCGAGGCAGUGGAGUGUCCGUCGAUAGCUUGGAGCACGCUCUGAGAGCAGCGACGCAUGCCGUACUUGAGCAGACUCCACGCAAGCGCGGCGUGCCUCCUCGUCCACGCCCCGUGCCCUUACAGGGAGGAGACUCACUUGGAGAGACUUCGGGGGCAGAGGGGUUGGGAAUGCCUCGUGGAUCGCGCCGUGAGCAGACGGUUGCAGAGGCUAGUGCUAGGGUUGUUGUGUUGAGGAAGGCAGGAGCCCCUGUCACCAUCGAGGAGGAUGAUCCUGAGACAAAUGUGGUAGUGCGGGAGGAGGACGAGGACUAUGAGGGCGAGGAGGAGGGAGAGGAGGAGAGCGAGAGAGGUUCCGAUGGUGACUACGACGACGCCCAGCAGGAGCUCCCACCUUCCCCGCCGACGCGUGCAGCCAAAAGGCGCGCUGCGCAGACUUCUUCAUCAGCACGAGGGAGGAGUUCGACAUCCGGCACAUAAGGGGGUACGCGGGGACAGAGCGGGAAGG